CAGCAGUUGUAAAGGCUCAGAAAAAUCAAAGAGUGUUUCUCUAGUAGGAGAAUUCUGUAAAUUGAUCUAAAUCGGAAAAUCCCCAAUUCGAAGCUUUCCACGGUUCCUCUCUGCACCGUCUCGUCCUCUUUGACCUAGUCCUCCUCCUUCUCGGUCUUGAUCUUCCUUACUUCCUUUCCCAUCGAUUUCUGACCGGCUUCCCUUCAAGGCGUUCCGUUCUGUCUGAAGAACAACUACCCCACGGUUACGAAUUUACAGGAUUCCGGCACUCGCCGAUCGACGACCAUGGAGAACCACAGAGUCGCGGAUUGGACGGCGUUCCAGAUCUUUGCGAGGCUUCUCGAUGGGAAGACGGCUACCCUGCGAUUCGCAGCGCCGCAAGCCUACACUCACGAAAUCAAGCGCCGAAUCUUCGAGAUCACCAGAAUCCCUGUUGGAUACCAGAGGCUUGUCAGCGGCGGCCGCCAGCUCGAUGACGAUUCCGUCGUCUCGACGCCGGAGUGCAGCGUUCACCUCUUGCUCGGCCUCCGUGGCGGGAAGGGAGGCUUCGGCUCGCUUCUUCGUGGCGCCGCCACCAAGGCCGGGCAGAAGAAGACGAACAAUUUCGACGCCUGCCGGGAUAUGAGCGGUAGAAGGCUGCGGCAUGUGAAUGCCGAAAAGAGGUUGGAGGAGUGGAAAGCGGGGGAGGCGGAGAGGAGGCUGGAGAAAGUUGCAGACGACUUUCUCAAGAAGAAUGCGAAGAAGAAUGCGAAGAAGGGGAACGGGGAUGGAGAAGCCGCGAAGUACGUGGCUAAAUACAGAGAGGAUUCUGCUAAGUGUGUGGCAGAGGUUGAGGAUGCCGUGAGAGAGGCUUUUAGUAAUGGGAGUGGGAAACGAAAGGGGAAGUUCCCCAUUAAGGACGCCAAGAAGUUGAAGAAUUGGUUGGGGAAGAAGAUGUUGGGUGUAAGUGAUUCUGAAGACUCAGAAGAUAAUAGUGAGAGUGAGGGAACUGAGAAAUCUGUUAUACUGAAUGGCGGGAGUAAUUCAGAUCCUAAUUCAGACUCGGUUUCUGAUUGGAAGCAAAACGCAGAAUGUUCUGCUUCUGCUUCUGGUGAGAGUGGUAGGGAGGAAGAGAAAGAGGUUGCCGAGGGGCACAACAGUAAGUCAAGUUCUCAAAGAGAUGCUAUCAAUGACAUGGAGACGGUAGCUGAACCUGACACUUGCUCCGAGGUAGCAGCACAUAGUCCCACGGUCAAUGGCUUGGAGGUUGCUAAAGCUUCUGGACCUGAUGAGAUGACAAUGGAACGUCGAGAGAUCCCCUGUUCCGAGAAUGUGGAAGUUACAGCAGACAACCUAGUUAUUGGUGUGACAAAUGGCCCUGGAGACUUAAAAGCAGAUAAGGAGGAAGAAAUUGUAGUUGCAGAGACGAGUAAUGCUGAUUUGGAGAAGCAGCUAAAUCUUGAAGAUUUCACUUCACCUACUGAUUUGGAGGUUCUGGGAUUGGAGAAGCUGAAGACGGAACUGCAAGCCCGUGGUCUGAAAUGCGGAGGCACUCUCCAAGAGCGAGCGGCGAGGCUUUUCCUCCUCAAGUCGACCCCUGUAGAUAAACUACCUAAGAAGCUGCUCGCCAAGAAAUGAACCCUCUUUGAUUUUACUGCCUCCAUGAACAAAGGAAAGGUACCAUCCUUCCUUCAAAAUGUAUUGUAAAGUGACGUUUUUUGUUGUUGGAAGUUACUGUCCUCUUGAUCAGAAGGGUGAGAUAAACAAUGUGUGUACUCUGAUGGAUUCUCUUAUAAUGACUUAGCCAGACCAGAUGUGGAUUGGAUCACUUACUAUUGUUGCUGUGGCUAACGGUGAGAACUGAGAAGUGAGAUGGGGAUGGUGAUUCCGUGUCGAGUCUUUCUGUCGUAGAAAUGACGAUUGUGCACAAACAAUUACGACUGGGUGGCACUUUGGACCAAAGGGUGGGAACCUAGUAUUGGUUCUUUGGUUAGACCGAAAUCAAAAUUAAUCGGCACAAAAAAAAAAAAAAAAGACGAAGCGACAUUUGUAUUGGUUCUAGUAUAUGUACACAUGGAAUAUAAGCAUUCAAGACGAUGAAUUUCAAGAGGGAAGUCUUGAAUUACAAAUUUACAACAUGCAAGAUGUUGUGUUCCAGUAAUAAUGUAUGAAAUUCUCGAAAGAACGUCUUGAAAAAAUGGUUAAUAAUGC